UUAAGAGUAGUCAUCUUUGUCAAACAUUGAUGUGACUUAGGAAGUGUUGAGUUAGCUAGUGUGAAUGCAUUGCGAUUGACCUUCUAUCGUUGCGUUGUUAGCUGUACCUCAUGUUCAACUAUUCUUCUUUUCCCAUAAUAUAGUAUAGUCUGCUUGCUAGAGUUCGUAAUCCAAGGCUUGGAUUCCGAGCUUACAAAAACAAAAUGUCAACAAAGAAUGAGUUCCAUUUUAAAGGAUCGCAAGUCAUUAUAAUGUCAGUCGUUGUUGUUAUGCUUCUUGUCGCCGAAGGCUUAUUGAUUGGUUUACUAGCACGACCACAAUGUGAAAACGAAGUCAUAACUCAACAUACUACUUCCAAGCCUUCUUCGCAAACAACGCAAUCCACCAACGUGAUUCCCGAUGAUGACUGGCGACUGCCCAAAGAUCUUAUACCAAUGUCGUACCAAGUUGAAUUGAGGCCGCUGUUUGAUCCCGAUGAGCAAGGAAGAUAUUUAUUCUUCGGUUCUUCAACAGUGGAAUUUAAAUGUAACAAAUCAACAUCACAAAUAAAAAUGCACAGCAGUCGAUUGAAUUAUACGACCGAACAAAUAAAACUCAGCGAUUCGGAGGGGAAUGUUAUCGAUAUACUCCACAUGAAGUUCGAUUUGAUAAAAGAGUUCGUCACGUUUGAAAUUGAAUCAGAGUGUAAACAAGAAGAAGAUUACACUUUGACUUUUGAGGAAUUCAUUUCAGAAAUGAGCUUGGAUCUGACUGGUUUAUACAGAAGCUAUUACACAACAAGCGAUGGGGAAGAGCGUAUGAUCGUGAUAAGUCAUAUGUGGCCCACGAACGCAAGAAAAGUGUUUCCGUGUUUCGACGAGCCUGCAUUGAAAGCGAAAUUUUCGUUUACUUUAUGGAGCAGGGCAAAUAGUGAACUGUUUGCCAUUUCAAAUAUGCCGGCCUUAUCGUACCAGACCAAAGAAUUUGACGGAGAGCUUUGGAAUGCAACAAUAUUUGCCGAAUCAUUGCCGAUGUCAACAUAUUUGAUAGCUCUUUCGAUUUGUGAUUAUUCGUUUGCAGAAUCAUUGGGAACAAACGAUGUGAAGACAAGAACAUAUGCUAGAGCCGAAGCUGUGGCGAAUAUGGAAGCAGAUUAUUCAGCAGAUAUUGCUGCAAAAAUCCUAGAUUAUUAUGAGGCAUAUUUUUCGGUGCCAUAUCCACUUCCGAAGUCAGACCACAUGGGUGUUUCUGAUUUUGACGCCGGAGCUAUGGAAAACUGGGGAUUUAUUUUGUAUCGAGAGGUAUAUUUACUUUAUGAUGAAACUUUGUCAUCAGUAUUUGAUAAGGAGAAAGUCACAAAUAUUGUUGCACACGAAUUAGCUCAUCAAUGGUUUGGAAAUCUUGUUACUCUGUCAUGGUGGAAUGAUGCUUGGCUCAAUGAAGGUUUUGCUACCUACGUAUCGUAUUUAGGAGAAUCUGAAGUUCAGCCAACAUGGAAGUCGAAAGAUAGAUUUCUUCUCGAUGAACUUCAUGCAGCUUUUGAUAUUGACGCUCUCACUUCUUCUCACCCGCUAGUUCAAGAAGCAAACACUCCAGAUGAAAUCACGGCAUUGUUUGACACAAUUAGUUACAGCAAGGGUGCCAGUAUUCUACGUAUGAUAAAUGACUUUAUGGGAGAAGAAAAUUUUGUACUUGGGUUAACGAAUUACCUGAACGAUCUUUCAUAUUCAUCAGCAACACACUUGGAUCUUUUUCAACAUUGGGAAGACCAAGCAGCUGAAGCAAACUUACAAUUUCCAGUAAGAUUAUCAGAAAUAUUGAAAACAUGGACAUUACAAAUGGGAUAUCCUGUCGUUAACGUCGAAAAAUCUUUAGCUCUGAACAGAUACACAAUAACGCAAGAGUAUUUUCUCUUGGAUCCAUCUGCAACAGCAGUAGAACCUGAUAAUGAUCUACUAUAUAAGUACAAAUGGUAUAUCCCGUUUUCAUAUAAAAGUUAUUCACAAAUCGGCACAGAGGAUUCUACUAGAAUUUGGUUACCUUCAAUACAAGAAACGCAGGUGACCGUAGAAGAGGAAUAUUACUUGUUAGCAAACAUCGAUGCUAUGGGUUAUUACAGAGUAAAUUAUGACAGAGGAACAUGGUCGAAACUAACGACUAAACUCAAAUCAAAGUCAUUCCAGGACAUUUUGUCAAAAAACAGAGCGCAGUUAUUGGAUGAUGCUUUCAAUUUGGUAAGAGCUGAACGUCUGGACUUAACAACUGCAAUGGAGUUAUCAAUGUAUUUAUCAAAUGAGCAAGAAUAUGUGCCAUGGAAUAGUUUUCUAGCCUCGGCUAAAUACAUGGAAUAUCUGCUGAGUCGUUCAUCUUUGUAUGGAAUGUUCAAGACCUAUUUGUUGAAACUUGUCGAACCAACUCUGUACGAUUACUAUGGAUGGGACGAAGAGAAUAAAAACGAUGAUGCUCUUUUUGAGAGAAUGACAAGACAGACGGGCAUUAAAGCCGCAUGUUAUUACGGAAGCCACAACUGCAUAAAUAACGCGACGGCAUUAUAUAGGAUGUGGAUGGAUGAUCCAACUAAUAAAAGUAUAAUAAGCAACACUUAUCGCAGAGAUGUAUUUUGUGCAGCAAUACGCGAUGGGGGUGAGAAAGAGUGGCAGUUUAGUUGGGAACAACAUCACGUAUCCACCAAUGCACAGGAACAAGACGAUUUGAGAUACGGCAUGGCAUGCAGUAAAGAAUCUUGGAUUUUAUCAAAAUAUACGAAAUAUUGCGUAGACUCCAACUUGAUUCGUGGACAAGAUAGCAUUCGUUCCUGCCUCGGUUACAUUGCAGAAGAAGAGUACGGUAGAGAUGUUGUGUGGUCUUUCAUGGUAGAAUCAUGGGAUGAUUUAGUUGAUAGCUAUGGAGGUGGAAUAGUAUUCAAAACAUUGAUAGAAUCUGUCACGAAAAGAUUUUCGACUGAAUAUGACCUGAAUUUGCUUAUCAAUUUCAAACAAUCUAAUUCAAAUCUUGGAACUGCUGCAAGGGCGGUUGAUCAAGCUAUUGAGAAGACAACAACAAAUAUUAGGUGGCGCAAGAGAAACGAACCAGAAUUAAAAUCUUGGUUAUCUAUGCAAAAUAUAUAGUAAAAUAAGAAAAUUCAACUGUCUGACUUUGUUUUAUUAAUUUUCUUACAAAAAUCGUUUUUUUAUUAUUGAAUUUAUAAAAUUAACAGAACUACAAAGUUAAUUUGCUACGUAAUUUUCCGACCAUUCACCGCUGCAUAAACUAAUUAUGCAUUUUUUCAUGUUGACUCGAAUUUUGAACCAAAUUUUCUGUAUUUACAAUAUUAUGAGUUUGUUCCCAAAAUUUAAAAUUUUUGUUAUGUUGUUCUUAUUCUUGUUGGACACUUUAGUGGACAUAACGAU